GCUCACGGCCCCUGGGGGCGGGGCUAAGCCUUCCCUCACAAGGGGCCUGUGGUCAACACGAUUUGCCUCCAAGGGGCGGCCCUCCAGUCGGCACAGGAAAGGGGCGAAGCCAGUGAGCUCAGCGUGUGGGCGAGGGUCAACAGUUCUGGGAUCAAGCGGCUGCCGCUCCUCCAAAAGCGACCGAAGCGCGAGCAGAUUCCCCCUCCGAGUCAGUGUAGUAAACACACUUCAGAAACGUGAGGUGCCGGUGGUCACGUGGGGAGAGUGCCCUCCAAUGAGGAGCCGGGGGCGGGGCCGAGGCCGCUGACGCGGCGGCGGCGGCAGAGUCACCCGGGCAGCCUCGGGACCGGUCACCGGCCGGCAGCCGUCCAGCAGCCUCGACCACCGCCUCUCUCCUUCGUCUCCGGUCCUUUCUUCUGGGUCGAGAGACAGCGUCGCCGACAGGGGCUCAUUCCCCUUCGGUUCUCCUCGGUGACUCACCUCGGGCGGGCCGUUUUGUCUUUAGGAGCCGCCUUGGUGGGGCGAGGUUUCCGUGACGAACCUCCUGGGGCCGUCCGUGCCAGCUCGGGCCGUCGUGGCUGCUCGAGCUCGUGGAAUUUGCUCAGGCUCCGGAGGUCCGAGGCCCUUGAAGUUAUGCGUCGCCUCCAGGAGGUUGCGGCGGGCGCGGGCUCCUAAAGGGCGUCAAACCCGGACUCCGCCGACUGGGCAACCUCCAUUCAUCUUCUCACUGCGCCUCCAGCGCCCCCGCCUUCUCCAGUCCCCUCCUCGGAGUCAUUUUUUCCUGUCCCCCCGCUACCGCCCUUUCCUUACUCCCCGGGUGAGGCAAUUCUCUUGGAAGCGAAGGUGUCGGCUAUGAGCCGGAGCCUCCUUCCUUGAAUUUCUCCGUGGAGGACCCGCAGCGCGCCCCCGGCAUGGGGGUGAACGCAGUGCACUGGUUCCGAAAGGGGCUCCGGCUCCACGACAACCCCGCCCUGAAGGAAUGCAUUCAGGGCGCCGACACCAUCCGCUGCGUCUACAUCCUGGACCCCUGGUUCGCCGGCUCCUCCAACGUGGGCAUCAACAGGUGGCGAUUUUUGCUUCAGUGUCUUGAGGAUCUUGAUGCCAAUCUACGAAAAUUAAACUCCCGUCUGUUUGUGAUUCGUGGACAACCAGCAGAUGUGUUUCCCAGGCUUUUCAAGGAAUGGAACAUUACUAAACUUUCAAUUGAGUAUGAUUCUGAGCCCUUUGGAAAGGAACGAGAUGCAGCUAUUAAGAAACUGGCAACUGAAGCUGGAGUAGAAGUCAUUGUAAGAAUUUCACAUACAUUGUAUGACCUAGACAAGAUCAUAGAACUCAAUGGUGGACAACCGCCUCUGACUUAUAAAAGAUUCCAGACUCUCAUCAGCAAAAUGGAACCACUGGAGAUACCAGUAGAAACAAUUACUUCAGAAGUGAUAGAAAAGUGCACAACUCCUUUGUCUGAUGACCAUGAUGAGAAAUAUGGAGUCCCUUCACUGGAAGAGCUAGGUUUUGAUACAGAUGGCUUAUCCUCUGCAGUGUGGCCAGGCGGAGAAACUGAAGCACUUACUCGUUUGGAAAGGCAUUUGGAAAGAAAAGCAUGGGUGGCAAAUUUUGAAAGACCUCGAAUGAAUGCAAAUUCUCUGCUUGCAAGUCCUACUGGACUUAGUCCUUAUCUCCGAUUUGGUUGUUUGUCAUGUCGACUGUUUUACUUCAAACUAACAGAUCUCUACAAAAAGGUAAAGAAGAACAGUUCCCCUCCCCUUUCCCUUUAUGGGCAACUAUUAUGGCGUGAAUUUUUCUAUACAGCAGCAACAAAUAAUCCACGCUUUGAUAAAAUGGAAGGAAACCCUAUCUGUGUUCAGAUUCCUUGGGAUAAAAAUCCUGAGGCUUUAGCCAAAUGGGCAGAAGGCCGGACAGGCUUCCCAUGGAUUGAUGCCAUCAUGACACAGCUUCGUCAGGAGGGUUGGAUCCAUCAUCUAGCCAGGCAUGCAGUUGCUUGCUUCCUGACACGAGGGGACCUGUGGAUUAGUUGGGAAGAAGGAAUGAAGGUAUUUGAAGAAUUAUUGCUUGAUGCAGAUUGGAGCAUAAAUGCUGGAAGCUGGAUGUGGCUGUCUUGUAGUUCCUUUUUUCAGCAGUUUUUUCACUGCUAUUGCCCUGUUGGGUUUGGUAGGAGAACAGAUCCCAAUGGAGACUAUAUCAGGCGUUAUUUGCCUGUCCUAAGAGGCUUCCCUGCAAAAUAUAUCUAUGAUCCCUGGAAUGCACCAGAAGGUAUCCAAAAGGUAGCCAAAUGUUUGAUAGGAAUUAAUUAUCCUAAACCAAUGGUGAACCAUGCUGAGGCAAGCCGUUUGAAUAUUGAAAGGAUGAAACAGAUCUAUCAGCAGCUUUCACGAUAUAGAGGACUAGGUCUUCUAGCAUCAGUACCUUCUAAUCCUAAUGGGAAUGGAGGCUUCAUGGGAUAUGCUGCAGAAAAUAUCCCAGGUUGUAGCAGCAGUGGAAGUUGCUCUCAAGGGAGUGGUAUUUUACACUAUACUCAUGGCGACAGUCAGCAAACUCAGCUGUUGAAGCAAGGAAGAAGCUCCAUGGGUACUGGUCUCAGUGGUGGGAAACGUCCUAGUCAGGAAGAGGACACACAGAGUGUUGGUCCUAAAGUCCAGAGACAGAGCACUAAUUAGAAAACAUUCAGGAGGAAUACUGUUGCAGCUGAAAUUGGUGGGGAGUUCAAUACUUUUCAAUUAAGUUAUUUAAAAAUAUUCUUCAUUGAUGGAAAGCAGUUACAUAUUGAAAUAUGUUGUUUCUAAUGACAUUUCUGUGGUUUUUAACUUUUUAAUGAAUUUCACAGAGGACAAAUGGUAAUUUGUAUAUAAAGAACUUGGCAAGAGAAUUUGCUUAAUGUAAAUAUAGUCACAAUUAGUAUAGACCCAUCAAUAUAUUUUUGAUAAUUUUUCAUGUAUGGUAAAAGUUAAAAUGACAAAUUGAUAUUCUGAUCUAAAACUCAAAGUUUUGAGAGUCAGUGGGAAAAAAGGAGGUUUUUAGACUUUCUUAAAAGACUUUGUUAAAAUUUUAGGACAGAAUUUUCUUGACGUUUGAUCUAACUUUACACUCUUUGAUAAUAAUGUUUUAGAUAAUGUGCAUAAUCUAAAUUGGUAUUGUAGUCUCUGUUAACACAGUGUAUGUUUUAAACUUUGAUGUGAACCUUUUUAGACCCAAACUUGUGGAAGUAUCAUGUGUUAAGUUCUCUUUGUCUCUGUUUCUUUGUUCAUUUAUUACUAACAUGACCUUGUUAUUAAAGUAUAUGCAAAUAUGAA